AUGAAGAUGACAGCUUGACGUUUUGUAAAAUCUUGUUUUCUAUUGUUUGCUGCGUGUUGUACUUCUCAAUUAUUUUACCGGCUCCAAAUUUUUAAAAUGUCAUUAAGAAUUGCAUCAGGCGGAUCUGUGCCCAAAAAGACCAAAACUGAAAAUGGUUUGGAACGAAGUUCAGAUGAUGAAUUAGAAACACCUUCAGCAUUUAAUCCAAAAUAUCGCGUCUGUCCAUAUUUAGACACGAUUAAUCGUCCUUUACUGGACUUUGAUUUCGAAAAACUUUGUUCAAUUUCUCUAACACGUAUUAACGUUUAUGCCUGCCUUGUUUGUGAGCUAGUUCAGAAAUCUGCUAUCGUUAUGGAUAACGCUAAAGAAGUUAAAUUUACAACAAACCAAUUAAUUACUGACGCAAUAUUCACUACUCUAACCUAUGAGGCCUACGAACCAACUCAAUCUGUUAUUACACCGCAAAAACUAGAUAAAUGGCGUAAGGAUUUCUACGAAGAGCCCAAAAAUAUUCUGGCCCAAAAUGUUUGCAGCCGUGUCGAUCCAUUUGAUGUAUGUUUAUCCAGAAAAAAAUUAGAGCAAACAAAUCAUGUGUUCAAUUACAAGGUUGAAACUGAAGGUAAACCAAUAACCAAUCAAAAGAGUUCCGGUAGGUGCUGGCUUUUUGCGGCUUUAAAUUGCAUCCGUUUGCCAUUUAUUAAGCAAUUCAACUUGGAUGAAUUUGAGUUCUCACAAGGUUAUUUGUUUUACUGGGACAAAAUAGAACGCUGUAAUUAUUUCUUAAACAACAUUGUGCUGACUGCUAAUCGAGGUGAAAAAGUUGAUAGUCGCCUCGUCUCAUUUUUACUGCAAGAUCCUACGUCUGAUGGCGGGCAGUGGGAUAUGUUAGUCAAUUUAAUUACCAAACAUGGACUAAUGCCAAAAAAAUGCUUCCCAGAGUCCUUCAGCUGUGAAGCAAGCUUACGAAUGAACUCUAUUCUAAAAAGCAAGCUGAGAGAAAAUGCCAAAACAUUACGUGGUUUGAUCGAUUCCAACACCUCUGUGGAAGACGUUAAUGCUAAAAUUGAUCAAAUGAUGCAAGAAAUUUAUAAAGUUGUUGGAAUAUGUUUAGGGAUACCACCAGAAACAUUCACCUGGGAAUAUUAUGAUAAAACAAAGUCUUACCAGUCAGUCGGUCCAAUUAGCCCAAUUGAAUUUUAUAAUCAACAUGUCAAACCAAUAUUUAAUGUUGAAGAUAAGGUUUGCUUGGUCACAGAUCCGCGCCCUUCUAGCAUGUACAGUCAAGCAUAUACCGUAGAUUGCUUAGGAAAUGUUGUUGGUGGACGUCCAGUUUUAUAUAACAAUCAACCAGUGGAACUUUUGUUAAAAGUUGUAACAGAUAGCCUUAAGUCCGCAGAGCCAGUAUGGUUUGGUUGUGAAGUUAGCAAAAGAUUUGCUCCCAAACAAGGAAUUGAGGACCUCUUUAUACACGAUUUUAAGUUGGUGUUUGAUAUUGAUAUACAAAACUCUUUAUCGAAAGCAGAUCGUUUAAUUUAUGGUGAAUCAGCAAUGACUCAUGCUAUGGUAUUUACAGCAGUGUCUGUGGAUAAAGACGGAAAUCCAACAAAGCUACGCGUAGAAAAUUCUUGGGGAGAAGAUCGUGGUGAAAAAGGUUAUCUAGUUAUGACCGCCGAUUGGUUUAAAGAAUUUGGGUUUGAAGUUGUUGUUGAUAAGAAGUUUGUACCAGCAGAAAUUCUCAAAGUUUUUGAUAUGGACCCUAUCGUACUACCCGCCUGGGAUCCAAUGGGUACACUUGCCUAAAAAACUUUUUUACUUGUAAAGCUUCAAUAUGCAACACCUCACAAUGCAACGCUGCAGUUCAAUUAUAUACACACACGCAAGAGUGGAGAGCCCUUUAAACCUAAUAACAACCAAACAAUUUUUACUUAUGAAAAUUAACAAUAUAUACGUAUACAUUUUUGUUUUAUUUAAAAUAUAUAUAAAG